AGGGCAGGAAUCCUUUCACCGGACUGCAUAGGACCGGGGAGGGUAGUGAAGAGGAGGAGGAAGAGGAGGCUUUGCGUUCAUAUAAGACGGGAAGGCCAUGACUUCAGAAAAGGGCAACAGCUACCUCUCCCCAUCUAUGUCCCCAGGCUCGUCUGGAUCGAGCAGCGGUCACCCUCCGCCACCUCCCUACCGUUUCCACCAGCUACCGCAUACACCUGGUUCCUCGCUUCCUUCUUCAAGACCGGGAUCCCCACCGCACGGCGGCAGCGUUCCCAAUCCGGGCCAGCCGGGGACGUUCGUGCUCAACCUCGGACGAUACGGGGGAUACUACAUGAUAUCGAUCCCAAUCAUGCUUCAGCGAUUACUGGGCAUUCUCCUCCGAAGAUGGAAGACAGUCGUCUUUGUCAUCCUCUUUGGGACACUGGCUGGAUUCGGCCUCUUCGGAGCGAUGUGGACAGAAUGGAGAGAGAUGACCUACUAUAGAGUGGACCCAUACCCAGUGGUUUCCCCGCAAAGAGCAGCAAGACCUGCUCCAGAGCCAAUCCACCAAGAGCCUUCCUCGCAGCCAUCACCGGACCAGCCCACAAAGAUGGGGACGUGCCCCGGCCCACGCAGGGGACAGGCCAUUCCCAGGGCGCCUGCGCACAUCUACCAGACGCCUGAAACGCACCCGAUUCCCCUCGUUGGCGACUAUCACCUGGUUGGCAUGGACCCCACCCAGUGCUACACCUAUCGUGAUCGCUACGGCAUGUACACUGAUGAGGCUCUGGGCAUCGCUUACCGAUCCGAUGUCGACGGCGACAUGGAAGCCCAGAGAAAGGAAAAGGAGGCUAUGUAUGACGACGAUCCAGACAACCUCAAGCCCGUCUACAAAGAUGCAAAGGCGGCCGCUGAGGCCGUCAAGAGCGGCCAAGCGGCUGCUGCCUCCAAGGUCCGCAAGACAAAUGACUACAACAACACAGACUCGCUCUACGGUCCGCGCAAGCCAGCAAGCAUGCCCGAGGAUGAGUGGGAGAGGUUCUUGAGGGACCGAAUGUGGCGCGCCAAUGUCCGCUCGGAGGAGUUGGGUCCUAAGAGCUUCCCGGACUGGCGAGCCUUGAUGGACGGCUGCUUUGAGAAGCGGGAGAGGGAGAGAGGACGAGCCGGGGGUGUCGAUACCUUUGAUCCUACCAGCCGUCCUAUUGCUGAUGUCAUUGAGGAGGAAAAGGAGGACGGCGACGUAUUGCCCAGGUAUAAGACCAACCCAGAAACAAAGAGGACCGCCCUCGUCAUGAGGGCAUACGAGGGCUAUGUCUGGCGUGAGGACGACAUCCUCAACAUGAGGGCCCUCAUCUCGGAGCUUUCCCUGAACAACCCGAACACGCCUUAUGACGUGCGAAUUCUCGUCGAGGUGCACGGCCGACACCUCUCCGUCUUUACAUCCGAGUGGGACAGACUCAACGUUCUUAGGUCCAGCGUUCCGCGCGAGUUCUGGGGUCUUGUUGAGCUGUGGACCGAGGACGAGAUGUGUGCACUUUACCCGGGCUUGCCGGGGAAGUUCCUCAACCACAUGAUCGCUCAGAGUUCCUACCGCUCUUGCUUGAUGGCCCUGCAAAAAUUCUAUCUCGAUCACCAGGAGUACGACUUCAUCUACAACUGGGAGAUGGACGUGCGCUACAUCGGCAAUUACCUCGAGUUCUUUGAGGGUGUCGAAGAAUAUGCUCGGAAGGAGCCACAGAUUGUGGGACUGGACAAGUACGACACCUGGUUCGUGCGAAACGUGACUGUGUCGGAAGAGAACUGGGCCGACAAUCGGACCUUGUUCGACGGCCGAGGCGAGGAGGCCGACCUUAUCACAUUGGGUCCCAUCUUUGACCCUCGCGGUUCUGGCUGGUACUGGGAGUACGAUGUGCAGAACUACCCGCAAGGACAGGCCACGCACCGAAGAGCGUCGAUCGGGACGAACAUGCGCAUGUCGCGGUCCCUUCUCGACGCCAUGAACGUCGUCAAUGCGGAAGCGAAGAAGUCAUUACACUGCGAAGCCUGGCCGACAACGCUCGUCUUGCACUCGCAGCUCCCCAGCUCCCACGACCACUCCUUUUAUCCAGAAGCGGGCUUUACACACAACCUCCCGCUGCCCUUCAAGGGCGUCUUUGCCCCGCAUCCCGUCUACUUUCGCCACCACUGGGAUCCCGAGGUGCUGCAUGCGCGCAUCAACCGGCCCGACUUCUACAAGAAAGCAAACGAAAAGGUAAUGCGAGACAGCGCCUUUUACUACGAUGGCGCCCACGCGAAGGAAAUGUACCUCGGGUGGAAGGAAAGGGAAGACGUCUGCCGAGCACCUGUGCUGCUUCAUCCCAUCAAACGUAUCAACUGAGAGAUGAUCCGAUAUUCAACAAUCACGACAAUGCAACCUGUUCUUUAGUCUGUCCUUUUGAUCUCCUCUCCUCUGCAGCGGACAAUCUCCUCUUUGUCUCUUUACCCCCAACACCUUUCGUAGUG